AUAAUUACUACUUCUGGAUUCCUACGAUUGUAUUGGACAUCAUGAUGCUAGAACCAGGAGGAAAAAUACGUGGGAAGGCAAUACUUGAUGCGCGCGCCCUGCAGAUUACCCAUGUUGCAUUUCGGUUUAAAGGCGCCAAAUUCGGGUGCCCGUUCAUUACUUGGCGCGUAACAUUUUACACACACAAAACGUAACAUUAACGUCAAGAUCGAGAGAAGAUGCAGGACAAUAUGGCUUCGGUUCUAACCAACUCCCCACAGAAAAUCUGCCCGAAUAAGAUCAUGAGAUCGCCAGUUCGUUCACUACGGCUGGACGCACUGCCACGGAGCCCGGUAAGCCCUGGUUUGGGUGAACUUUACCCGUGGAAGUGGGCCGAGAGUGUCCGGAACGUUCAGCUGAGUCCGAGUAGUUCAUGCAGUUCGCCCGGGUCUGAGCGCGGUUUCAUACCCGGUCGCCCACCGGUGCAAGCACUGCAGAGUCCCAGCUCGAGAGGCCGUCCACGCGCGGAGUCUAUUCCUGAAUUACAGAAGGAGGGAUCGACAUCUGGGAAUGCAAUCAGAUGCAAGAUUUGUCAGAGGGUGUUUCCUCGUGAGAAAUCGCUCCAAGCUCACCUCAGAACACAUACAGGUGAACGACCUUUCAAGUGUGACUACCCAAACUGUGGUCGUGCCUUUGUGCAAAGCGGCCAACUCAAGACACAUCAGAGGCUGCACACCGGGGAAAAGCCAUUCUUCUGCACUGCUAAAGGUUGUGUGAGUCGUUUCACACACGCCAACAGGCAUUGUGCAGAUCACCCGUACGCCACCCUACAACGAGAGAGCAACGAGACAUUGAUGGAAGAAAUUCUACGCAACGAUGAAAACAGCGAGGAUGUCAACUUGUGGUUACAGAGGUAUGUGGAAACUUACCGAGAGCGAAUUGACACAAAACAGCAAGAGCAACAGGCCAAGAGAAAACGUGAAGCGGACAUGACGGCUCAGAAUGGAAGCACCCCAAAGCGCCCUCGUGCCAUAGCGCGUCGAAGGCUCCAGGAACAACGCGAGAAGAUGUUAGGAGCGAUGGCGCUGAUCGAGUUAGCGCACAAACUUCCUGCCGAGAGCCCACGAUAAUUCAUUUCAAUAAGUUGCUAUUUAUUAUCUCAAUGUCUAAAAAUCUUCUCUUUAAAAAAAAUAAUAAUGAAAUCAUGUGUUGUAAAAGACGAGGAGCCUGGCACUGUGACAGCUUGACAAGUGCCUAUGGCGGCCCUUCCAUGGCAAAACAGCGCAACUCACAAAUUUUAUAAAAAAUAAAAAAAUUAAGAUAAGAUCUCUUCUGGGUAAAUUGAAGGGACAUUUUCCAUUUCAACGUUUCAGAGACAUACGUCGUAUGUUUUUGAAUCUAACAUGUCCUGUCUUUGUCCCUUUACAUUUUUAUUUGGUUUUAUGGCAAAACUGCUUAUCUUUGCACUUCUUUUUUUCUGAAUGAAUUUAAUUUUGCAAGUUGGGCUGCUUAGCCAUGGCUACCCCCAUCUGGGUGUAUGUUACCCCUCUAUCUAGCCUUGUCAAUAGGAAAUGAAUCUUAAGUAACAGGGUUGCAUUACUUAAGCAAAUAGUGAAGUACGAACUGAAAUUGUUUUUUAAAGGGUGGGGGGAUGGAAUUCAAAGGGUAGUACAGCCCCUUUCACACUAAAUCAAUUUCCAAGGAAAUUUUAGUUAACAUUUCUACUCUUGAGUUGUAAACAUUUUCCAAGCAUUGAAUCAGAAAACAUUUCCUUGGAAAUAGCUAAUCCUGCUGUGGAGUACGUUUAAAGGUAGUGGACACUAUUGGCAAUUACUCAAAAUAAUUAUUAGCAUAAAACCUUACUUGGUAACAA